AUGACUCUUUUAUUCUCGGCUCUCAUCCUCCUUUUGAGGAUACCCUGGAGCGAAGGAACACAGGAGAAUUGCCCAAAUGGCUGUGAAUGCCUUCGUGACCCAGUGUUGCCGACGGCGUUCACCGUUUUCUGCAAUUUCGCGCACGAGUUGCCGACAUCGUUAAAACUCCCGGAAGCCACGCGAAGCCUUCAAAUCACUUGCUCUCCAUCAAGAAUCCACACACCAAACGGGGAACUUUUUGCCGAUGUUCCCGCGUUGCACUCGUUGAGCGUUCGGGGUUGUCACGUCGGUGCUUCGAUUUUCUCUGCAGUAUCGCGGCUCACCAAUUUGCGGAGUCUCCAGCUGGAAGAGAUCGGAAUUGGUGAAACACCGUUAGAGCUCAACGAGGCAUACUUCGAGACGCUGGGAAAAUUGGAGAAGUUGCAGCUCUCAGCUUCGUCGUUGGUCGCUCUCCCCGCUCGAAUGUUUUGCCAUUUACCGCAUUUAAUGGUACUGAACGUGACGGGAAAUCAGCUGAGUCGGCUCACUUUCACAUCGGAUUGCCCAUCAAAGUUGAUCAUCGCCGAUUUCUCGUCGAAUCGAUUUAAGAGACUUGACGCCGACUCGCUCUCGUUUCUCCCAUCAAUUCGUCAACUUUCCUUUGCCGCUUCUCGUUUAUCAACGAUCAGCGAUGAAACUUUUACGCAAUUAUCUCUUCUUCAACAGUUGGAUUUAGAGAAAAAUCGUUUAGAAGAGCUUCCUGGAUUGCCUGAAACCCUGGUUCACAUCUCAUUGGCUGAAAACGAGUUUCGAAAGGUGCCAAAUUCGCUGAAAGAUCUGACAAAGCUUGUCAGUUUGAACAUGUCACAGAACGCGAUUGAAAGUGUUGAUUUGGCUCUCUCUUCAGCUGAUCUCGAAACGGUGGAUUUGGCUGGGAAUAGAUUGUCCGUUUUCCCGUCUAAAUUACUCGCCAAAUCGUUUGGAUCAUUGGUGAACUUGGAUUUAAGUCAAAAUCGCCUUAAAAACCUCAACGCGAGCGAUUUUGGGAAUUUUGGGAAAUUGCAAACGUUGAAUCUUGACGGGAACUUGAUCGGCGAGUUAAAAGAAGGAAUCUUUCAUGGUCUUCAUUCUCUGGCUGAGCUCUCCUUGAGUAACAAUUCGAUUUCAACCAUUGAACACACCGUUUUCGCCGAGAUGCAUAUUGCCGAUCUCGAUUUAUCCCACAAUUCGCUCACCGAGGCUCCGCUUGCGAUCGGCAAUUUGCGACAGUUGGGAAAGCUGAGUCUCCGUGAUAACAAGAUCAGCCGGCUCUACAUGACGGUUUUCAAUCGCUCGCCGAGUCUUGCCGUGAUUGAUUUAAGCGGAAACGAAUUGCACAUGAUCUCCGGCUACGUUUUCUCGGAUUGUCCGAGUUUACAGCGAUUGGACUUAUCGAGGAAUAAAAUCGCGCAAAUCGAGACGGAUGCUCUUGGCAAAGUCCCUCAAUUACAUCGAAUCGAUCUCUCGCAAAAUCGCCUGCAUUCUCUUGACGGUUUAGAGGGAGCAAAAGCGCUGAAAACUCUCAACAUUUCCCAGAAUCAUAUUGAGAUAAUGCAAUGGGAAUCACUGCCGAAUCGAGUCGAGCACCUUUAUGCUGAUGGGAACAGGAUCACGCUUUUGGGAGCGGCGAUUAAAAGCCGAGUUCGAUCAGCAUCAUUCCGCGAGAAUCACAUCGAGCAAAUUUCGGCUGAUCAAUUGCCGAAUACAAUAGAGAGAAUCGAUUUCACAUCAAAUCGAAUUCGCUCAAUUGCCAACGAGACUUUUCGAGAGAAAAGCUCAUUACGAGAGGUGAAAAUAGGCAAGAAUUCGCUGGAAACUUUGGACAUUAGAGCGAUGGAAAGGAGUGAAUCGGUGCAACAAGCGAUAGAGAUCACUUUAAGCGGGAAUCCGUUGAGCUGCUCGUGCGAGUUGGACUGGAUCGGGAAUCAGGAAAAGAAGCGAGUAUUGGUUGUCGAUAAAAUGGAGACAUUUUGCCGUCAUCCAGUCGACAAUAGACGGAUCUCUUUGGGUGAAGUGAGCACAAAAGAAUUGCUCUGCUCAUAUCAACGGGUUUGCGAGCCGGGUUGUCUUUGCUGUGACUUCAGCUCUUGCGAUUGCAAAUCGGUUUGCCCGGCGGGCUGUCGGUGCUUCAGGGAUUCGACUUUUUCGAUGAAUGUCGUUCGAUGUGAUGGAAGUGGGAACAGGAAUAAGACAGCGAUCUCGCCUCGUGAAAUCCCGAUGACAGCCACUCAUAUCCAUUUGUGGGCUCAAUCGCUGCCGAUCCUCCGCGCCCAUUCGUUUCUCGGACGCAAAAAGUUGAUCCAUCUACAGCUGAACAACAGUCACAUUCGACACAUCGAACCUUCAGCUUUCAACACUUUACCCAAUUUACAGGUGCUGGAUUUGUCGGACAACGAGCUCGAACGAGUCACCGGCGACGAGAUGCUCAAAACUUUUGGGAUAAAAGAGCUCAAUUUGCACGGAAAUCGCUUGCGCACUGUGGAAAACGGGAUUUUCCUGAAACUGCCGAUAUUGGAAAAGAUAACUCUGCACAACAAUUUGAUGGAAGAGAUUGCCGAUCCGCUCACGAAAACCAAACAAUUGUCAACAUUGACACUAUCGGGGAACGCGUUUCGGUGCGAUUGCGGUGAUCGUUUUUUGGCUCCAUACUGGAUCUCCGACAAUAAAAACAAGAUUGCUGACUAUUCGCGAGUGUUAUGCGUGGAGAAUGUGACACGAGCUUUCCGCGAGAAUGACACCACCGCUUUAUCAACUCAUCCACCAAAUCUUGGCGAUGAUCUCUUCACAAUGCCAUUGGAUGAUUUCAUGCGAGAAGCGAAUCGAACGCUUUGCGUGCAAUUCGAGGGUGGUUUCUUUGGCGCCGAACCGUCCUCAUCACUUCUGAUUGCUUUUUUGGUCCUACUCACACUGAUCCUCGUUGCCGGCUUCAUUGCAUUAGGCAUGGCGAGAAAAGCCCACAAUUCGAUGGCACAACGAAGAUACAAAGCCACCUCAUCCCUCAAUUGCUCAUCAACAACCGGCUCCUCUCCUUUACCAAUCCCAUUGAUCUCCUAUGACGCAUUUGUCUCAUACGCCCGACAAGACGAGAAAAUGGUUGAGGAGAGGAUUUGCAGGCCACUAGAAGAGGAGGAUUAUCACUUGUGUCUUUUGCACCGCGAUGGGCCCACGUACAACUCCAAGCUACACACAGUCCAGGACGAGCUACACGCACAAAUGGAAAGCGCUCAGUGUUUGAUCUUGGUGUUGACGAAGCAUUUCCUGGAAAACGAGUGGACAACGGUGCAGAUCCGUACAAGCCACCAGCUUUUCUCGAGGAAUCGCUCGAAACGCGUGAUCGCCAUUUUGGACACUGAUGUAGACGCGAAUAGCCUGGAUGAGGUUUUGGGCGGAAUGUUGCGGCAAAACGAUUGGAUCCGAAUGAACGAUCAUCUCUUUUGGACACUCUUGAGAUCAAAACUCCCGUUGAGGUCACCGGGCAUGCACUCAGCUGGAUCGAAUACGGCGUCACAGGUCUACUCCGAUCUCUACGGUCCAGUGCCAUCGGAAAUUCUC